UGAAAACCUAACCUUCUUAAUUAGCACAUUUAAAUAGUAUUCGAAGUUAUUCUUUUGGUACAUUCCCAACAUUAUUAAUAAUAAUGAAAUUGAUAACUCACAAUAUGCUUACAUCAAAAUGCAUGAAGGGAGUUACCGUUGGAUAUCCUUUAAAGAUACAAGCAGUCGACGUGAAAACGUCGGAGGUAGAGUUUAACCCAGAAUUCAUAUCACGUUUAAUACCAAAAGUCGACUGGAAUGUGCUUUGUGGUGCUGCGGAAAGUAUAGGCCAUCUCGACGACUUACCGAAAGAACUUGUAGAGAAUUAUGAGAGCGACGUGGAGUUUUUAAAGAAGGCGCAUAGAGUUUUAUUAGAAAUUGAUAUUGUUAAUGGAGAAUUAAUAUGUCCAGAGACAGGUCGCAAGUUUCCUAUUAAUAAUGGCAUUCCAAAUAUGUUGCUUAACGAGGAUGAAGUUUAAAUCUAUUUUUGUUUCUAAUUACGUAGGUAGAUUGUUCCCUCAGUUGUACCUAAAUCUUACACUACUGUAGAGUCUUAAGCAAAUAUUAAUAAACUGAUGGUAUGAAACUA